CGCUGCUCGCUGCUGGAGCUGCCGCCGGAGCUGCUGGUGGAGAUCUUCGCCUCGCUGCCCGGCACCGACCUGCCCAGCCUGGCCCAGGUCUGCACCAAGUUCCGGCGCAUCCUGCACACCGACACCAUCUGGAGAAGACGCUGCCGGGAGGUGCUGCACCGCUACAGACACGUCCUGGGACUGUGGCAGCCGGACAUCGGGCCCUACGGGGGACUGCUGAACGUGGUGGUGGAUGGCUUGUUCAUCAUUGGCUGGAUGUACCUGCCCCCCCACGACCCUCAUGUGGACGACCCGAUGCGAUUCAAGCCCUUGUUCAGGGUCCACCUGAUGGAGAGGAAGUCUGCCACGGUGGAGUGCAUGUAUGGCCAUAGAGGGCCCCACAACGGCCACAUACAGAUCGUGAAGAAGGACGAGUUCUCCACCAAGUGCAACCAGACGGACCACCACCGGAUGUCCGGCGGGAGGCAGGAGGAGUUCCGCACGUGGCUGCGGGAAGAAUGGGGGCGGACGCUGGAGGACAUCUUCCACGAGCACAUGCAGGAGCUCAUCCUGAUGAAGUUUAUCUACACGAGUCAGUACGACAACUGCCUCACCUACCGCCGCAUCUACCUCCCGCCCAGCCGCCCGGAUGACCUCAUCAGACCCGGCCUCUUCAAAGGCACCUACGGCAGCCACGGCCUGGAGAUCGUCAUGCUCAGCUUUCACGGGAAGCGCGCCCGGGGCACGAAGAUCACGGGUGACCCCAACAUCCCUGCCGGGCAGCAGACGGUGGAGGUCGACCUCACACACCGCAUCCAGCUGCCCGACGUGGAGAGCCUCCGCAGCUUCAACGAGCUGUCCCGCAUCGUCUUAGAGAUUCGGGAGCAGGUGCGCCAGGAGCAGCAGCAGCAGGAGAGCGGGGCCGAGGACGGCGAGGGCCGAGGCCCGCAGAGCCCCCGGGAGCCGCAGCGGGGCCCUGCCCAGCCCAGCGUGGAGCCGCCUGCCGAGAAGGGCGGGGGGCCUGCGGGCGCAGAGGCGGCAGCGGCGGUGCCGGCACCCGAGCAGCCCGCCCAGUCUGGGCAGGGGCAGCCGUUCGUGUUGCCCGCGGGCGUGAGCUCGAGGAACGAGGACUACCCCCGCACCUGCCGGAUGUGUUUUUACGGCACGGGCCUCAUCGCCGGCCACGGCUUCACCAGCCCCGAGCGCACGCCCGGCCUCUUCAUCCUGUUCGACGAUGACCGCUUCGGGUUCAUCUGGCUGGAGCUGAAGUCCUUCAGCCUGUACAGCCGGGUGCGGGCCCCCUUCCGGAACGCGGAGGCGCCGUCCCCGCGGGCUUUCGAGGAGAUGCUGAAGACCAUCCAGUCCCUGACCUCCUGACGGGCCGCUCCCUGCAGGCGGCUCCCGGGCCCCCGGACCCUGCCGCCCGGGUCAGGAGGCGGCACGCACGUUGGAGAUCCUGCCUUCUGACCACAGCACCCACCUCGUAGGAGUCUCGGCCCAGCCGCCCCAAAACUCUGUGCGGAGUGCGCGACAUGUGCCCGGCUCAGGGGCUCGGGGAGGCUGACUGAGCGCGUCCCACGGAAGGAAGGACCCGGGACGGAGCCGACGGGGCGGGCUGGCCCCACAGUUCUGCGAACAGCUUGGCCCGAGACCCUGGGCUUGUCCUUGGCCUGCUGGUCGUUUUCUAGGGCCAGGCAGAGUGACCCUGGGGGCUGGCGAUCGGGGUCGUGUGUGAGGCGAGUGGCCGUGGCUGUGGGCUGGCAAGGAUCUGGGGCGAGGGCCUCUGAGCUGAGCAGAAAGGGGGUUCCGGGGGGCCUGGUGUGUUGGGCCAGGACCCUGGACUGAAUGCCUGUGUGUUUACUAACCUGCUUGGAGUUUAGACAGCUUUUCACCUCUGAUCUGUUGGUGAGUCGGCACCGUGGGGUCACUGGUCCGAGUCAGUGGGGAACGUUGUAUGGGGGGCUUUCAGUGGGCAGCUGGGAGGCCCUGGCCUCCCUCCAGCUCUAGAAUCUCCACCUUUGCUGCGGCCAGUUCGAGGCCAGGCAUGUGUUUGCACACCCCCACCCGGCUCCUGCACACGCUCUGGUGGUGUGAGACCCUGAGCUGAGCCCCUUGCCCCAGAACCUUCUUCAGAAAUCUGCAGGGCCACCCCUGAACUGGCCCUGCCUCCUCCCGGUUGCUUAGCACACGUGGGGGCUGCUCUUGGGCAUGUGAGAGCAGCAGAGUGGUCGCACAAGAUGACUUGGGGGCCCCUUUGUGCGCAACAGGGCAGCUUUCCAGAAAAGUCACCCCAUGCAUGUGGAAUGCACUUUGGGGACGAGGGCCUCCCAGGAUCCUCCAGGGUGGACACCCUGCGCACAGACGUUUUCGCCGGUGGGUGCCUGUGACCCGCGGACACUUGCGUUUGGGGACCCGCUGUUGUGAGGUCUCUGCCGACCUUAGUGUCUCCUGAAGAGCCCUGAUGCACGCGGGUCCCUGGGAACUAAAGCCUGCUGCGCCCCCAGCCUGCAGAGCGCGGGCACCGUGCUGUCCUUCCGGGGCAGGGGCACACCCCGUCACCUGCCUGUGGCUCGUCCUUGCUGGGUGGACCGUGCUGCACCCUCGUGUGGGGACAAGGGACCCCAGGGGACAGGGCAGCUUUGUGGUGCCUUCAUGUAGAGACCAACCCGAGACGCCCCAUGAAGCGUCCUGUUUUCCUGACGAGUUUCUCCCCGACUGGCCGUUUUGUUGUUUUUU